GGAGGCCGCGUCCGCCCGGCAGGACCUGGUCGACCGCGUGAUCCCAGGUCUCCGGCAGGACGUGACGCAGCUCCAGACGGGGAUCGUGGGGCUGCCGCAGCUUCGGGACCGCAUCGAGGCUCUUGAGGCGCAGGUCAACGGCUCGGACAUCUCGGACUCCUCUGGGCCCUUGUCCGCCAGUGACAGCAGCACCAUCAGGAGGAUAAAGAGGAAUCUGAGACGGCUCAACGCGCGUCUGCAAGUGAACGAGUGCGCCAGCGGGCCCUGUCUGAACGGAGCCACGUGCAUCGACGGCUACAUGUCCUAUACAUGUUUGUGUCCGAAGGGCUGGACGGGCGAGAACUGCGACGACGACUUCAACGAGUGUUACGAGUUCUUCGGGACGGAUCUGGGGUGCCAGAACGGUGCCACGUGCGUCAACACGCCAGGUAGCUACACGUGCCAAUGCGCGGCUGGGUGGUACGGCGUGCACUGUACCCUGAAGACGGACUCGUGCACGGCCUCUACCGGUUCCUCUCUCUGCGGUCCUAACGGAGUCUGCAUCAACACGCCCCGCAAAGGACAUUCCUACUCCUGUGUGUGUGAUGAGGGUUGGACGCCCGGAAACAGUACCCCGGCGUGCGUGGAUGUGAACGAGUGCACUUCCUAUCACACCCGCUGCUCGUCGCUUGUCACCUGCGUCAACUACCCCGGUGGUUUCCAGUGCGGCCCGUGUCCAACAGGUUACACCGGCGAUGGGUUCCAGUGCCAAGACGUGGACGAGUGCCUUGUUAACAAUGGGGGCUGCUCUCCCUAUAGUAUAUGUCAUAACACAGUGGGAGGACGCCGCUGUGGCCCUUGUUCCUCCGGCUUCACAGGCAAUGGCGAAUCCUGCGUACCUGCUCCUCGACCCUGCCAGCAGUCCGCCUGCCAUCCCCUUGCUACGUGCGUCGAGAAUCCGCGUGAGUGUCAGUUAAUGAUUGCAACGGGCUUUCCUUAUGCUCGGGCACGUCUGCUCGGACAUCUUGGUCUGCGGUUGAUGCUGCUCUUAACACAGGAGGGAAAUGAUCGUGUAAAUUGGUGGUUUUCACACUUUUUGAAGUGGCUUCGAGACUACGAUAUUAAAAAAGAAGAAGUUUUAAUGGGGUUUCGAGCUGCUUUUAUCGACGUUUCGAAAUGCAAAGCUGAAAGUAGCCUGCCACUCGCAUCGGAGGACGCCGCUGUGGCCCUUGUUCCUCCGGCUUCAGGCAAUGGCGAAUCCUGCGUACCUGCUCCUCGACCCUGCCAGCAGUCCGCCUGCCAUCCCCUUGCUACGUGCGUCGAGAAUCCGCAAAUGCCCAACGGGUACCAGUGCGUGUGUCCGCUCGGGUAUCACGGCAUGGGCAUCGGUAUGUAUGGCUGUGCACCCGUAUCUGGAGGAGGAGGAGGAGGAGGGCAAGCGAUUCAACCUCAACCUCAACCUCAGCCGACGAACCUGUGCCAGAACCAGCCGUGUUUGAACGGCGGGACGUGCGUGCAGUUCCCCGGAUCUUAUACCUAUACGUGUACAUGCCAGCCGGGUUACACAGGACACAGUUGCGAAACGCAGAUCAACGCCUGUGCCAGCAACCCGUGCCUGAAUGGUGGCACUUGCACUCCCGGCUUGAUUUCCUACACGUGUACUUGUCCGUCGUCCCACACUGGAGAACGGUGCCAGACGGAGGCCGAGGAAUGCGGAGGUACCUUUUACGCCGACGAGGGCACGGUGGCCUACCCUGGUGUCGAAGGUGUCAACUAUAACCACAAUGUCAACUGCGCCUGGAUUAUUAUUGUGCCAGCAGGAAAGGUCAUCAACGUAACCUUUGACCACUUCCAUCUGGAGGGCGGAAGCUGUCGAUAUGAUUGGCUGCAGGUCCACGACGGCAGGAGGCCGACGGCGCAGCUGAUUGGAAGCUACUGCGGAUCGACGCUUCCGGGCAACAAUGGCACCAUUAUCAGUACACACAACUCCAUUUACCUUUGGUUCCGCUCCGACGAGUCUUACGCCGCGACCGGGUUCAACUUCACGUGGAAUACUACUGACCCGGAGUGCGGAGGUGACAUCAGGCACCUGGAAUACGGUUCUAUAAACUCCCCCGGGUACCCUGGGCGUUACCCGGCUCUGCGCGAUUGCUACUGGACGAUAAGGGUCAACCCUGGAAAGAGGAUCAGGUUCCACUUCGCAACGCUGCAGAUCGAGGAACACGCCAACUGCAGCUAUGACUACCUAGAAGUCCGCGACGGACUGACGGACUCGGGACACCUCCUGGCGAAGUACUGCUCCUCGCAGGCGCCGCCGCCCCUCACCACCUCGGGCUCGGAGGCCUUCCUGCACUUCCACUCCGACUACGUCCUGACCGACACAGGUUUCCACAUCGCCUUCAGCUCCGAGCCCGGAAUCCCCGGCUGCGGAGGUCUGCUGACGAACGACAUGGACGAGUUCUCGGUGCCGACGCUGAACGAGCGGUACCAGAACAACAUCCUGUGCGAGUGGUUGAUCCGCGUGCCCCCCGGCGAGGUCAUCCAGCUCAACUUCACCGAGUUCCACCUGGAGGGACCUUCGUUCGGCAGCCGCUGUCGUUUUGACUAUGUGGAGAUCCGCGACGGGGGCAGUGCCGAGAGCCCAGUCAUGAGCAGAUGGUGUGGAACCAAUCUACCGACGGCCACGAUUUCGUCAUCCAAUCAGCUGUUUGUUUCAUUCCACUCUGAUCAUUCCAUCACCGGUCGUGGGUUCACUGCCAAUUAUCGAGUGGCAUGCGGAGGGGAGUACACCGGCUCCACGGGACUACUCCGCUCCCCCUACCAUCCGCAGAGUUAUCCGCACAACAGGGAGUGCGUCUACGUGAUCUCCCAGCCGGUCGGAAAGGCUAUUGUGCUAAACUUCACCGAUUUUGAUAUUGAAGGACCCUCUUACUGGGGUGGCUGCCGGUGGGAUUACGUGGAGAUCCGCGACGGCCGACGGGAAACCUCUCCGAGUCUUGGCCGUUUCUGCGGACCCGAAACCCACCGACCCGACCCGAUCAUCUCCUCACACAACUACAUGUGGAUCAAGUUCGUGACGGAUGCGAGUGUCAGCAACCGGGGCUUCAUCGGGAACUACACCACGAUUGAUACGUCGUGCGGUGGCAUCAUCCGUGACCUGUCGGGCCACAUCAACUCCCCCAACAGCCCCUCCAUGUACCCGGGCACAACCGACUGUCGCUGGAUUCUCGACCUUCCGCCUGGCCACGUCGUCCAGAUCACGUGGCAUACCUUUGCACUGAGUACCAGUAACUGUCAGACCAAUUACGUGGCCAUUUUCGAUAAUUCGUCCAUUACCGGGACUGGAGAACAGAUGGGAGAACGUUUCUGUGGCACCAAUACGCCCCCGAUUAUGACGUCAUCGAGCAACCUGGUCACCAUUCACUUCCACGACAGCUACUCCUUCAGCCAAGAUUCCUUCUCGGCCAUAUAUCACGGGAUCGACUCCUCCACAAUGUGCGGAGGCCACUACCACACGCAGGUGGGCACCCUCACCUCGCCCAACUACCCGCUCAACUACCCCGACUCCCGCACGUGCGAGUGGACCAUCACCGUCCCGCGCAGCCACCAGAUCCGACUCAUUUUCAACGAAGUGGAUAUCGAGCCUUCGCGUGACUGCUAUUACGAUUACUUGGAGAUCAGAAAUGGCGGUUACUCUACCUCUCCCUUGGUGAAAAAAAUAUGCAGCAAAAACGCGACGGUCCACGAUAUUGUGUCACACUCCUUCCAACUCUACUUAAAGUUCAAAACCGACUCCUAUUCGAAUUAUAGAGGGUUCAACAUCUCUUGGGAAAUGGCCGACUCGCAAUGCGGCGGCGAACUGACGGCCGUGUCGGGAGAGUUCGUGUCUCCGGGCUACCCAGAACCCUACCACAACAGCGCCCUCUGCGUGUGGCGGAUCCGGGUGGCGGAGGGCAGCAGUGUCCGGUUGAGGUUCAUUGAUCUCGACCUCGAAAAUGCUUACAACUGCAUGUACGAUUUUGUGGAGAUACGAGACGGUGACAACGAGAGGGCCCCACUGCUUGGACGUCACUGCGCAACAGCCGACCGCUUCGUGGGUUACAAUUCGUCUUCUAAUACGAUGUACAUCUCCUUCCUUGCGGAUCAUACUAUCAGUUCGAGAGGAUUCAAGGCGCAUUAUACAGCAGUAUGCAACCGCGUGAUCACGGGUCCACGAGGGGUCAUAACCUCGUUCAACUACCCGAACCCGUAUCCCCACGACCAGAACUGCACGUGGACGAUCAGAGUCCCCCAAGGAAACGCGAUCAAUGCUUCAUUCAGUGAUUUCGUCUUGGAGGAGUCGAGGAGUUCCGAGACCGAGCUGUGUUACUUCGACUUCGUGGAGCUACGUGAGGGGCGGGGCAGCGAGGCGGGGCGCUCCGUCAUCGGGCACUACUGCAGGACACACCCACCGCCGCCCAUCGGCACCUCGCCCACCAUGAACGUCCUUGAGGUGAACUUCGUCAGCGAUUACAUUGUGGCCGACAACGGAUUUCGUCUCGAGUGGGUCGUUAACGGCUGCGGAGGCGAGCUGACGAAGGCAAGCGGGUCCUUCCACAGCCCGAACUACCCGAACGCCUACCCGAUCAACACCGACUGCGAGUGGCAUAUCCGCACCGCCCCGGGCACCAAGAUCGAGAUCACCGUGCACGACUUCGAUCUGGAGAGCUUUGGCAACUGCGUCUUCGAUUCGCUGAAGAUCUACGGAGGCCCUGACGCGUCUUCGCCAGAGCUGCAGACGCUGUGUCACCGGCAGACGAACCCCAUCAUCGCCACUACCCAGGGCAAUAGGGCCUUCCUCUCCCUGCAUAGCGACCAGUCUGUCAGGGGAAAGGGCUUCAAUGCAACCUACAGGACUCUACGUGAUGGAUGCGGGGGCGUUUUCUCGGCACCCGAAGGCACCAUUCACACCCCUGGCUACCCCAACCAGGACGUCACCAACAGCGACUGUCAGUGGACUAUCACUGUCGACCGUCUACACGUUGUGGAAUUCAACUUCACUGACUUCGACAUCCAGUUCAGUACGAAUUGCAGCGACGAAUACGUAGCGGUAUAUGACGGCACAGAUGCCACCGGACCCGAGCUGACGAAGCGCUGUCUCGACUCCCCGACGACCCCGAAUUUCGUUCGAUCCACGGGGAAUUCCCUCACAGUCCGCCUCGUGUAUGCUGGGACGUCGCAUGGCCGAGGGUUCACUGCCUCGUACAAAAGGGGCUGCGGGGCGACUGUCAACGUGUCCAUGGAGGAACGUGGAGAGCUCGUGUCCCCCCACUAUCCCCACCUCUUCACUUCUGGUCUCAACUGCUCGUGGCAUCUACAGGCUCCUGAAGGGCAGUGUACAGCGUCCUCACAUCGGGCUGUGGAGGUGACCUGAGUUCGAUGUCUGGAGAGUUGGCCACGCCCCACUAUCCUCAGCCUUACCCAAGCCCCAUCGAGUGUGAGUGGAACGUCAAAGUCGGCCCAGGCAACCAAGUCCAACUCAACUUCUUGGAAUUCGACCUCGAGAACAGUCAAGGAUGCAACUCAGACUACGUCGAGGUGCACGAGAGGGAUCCUGCAGGACCCUUGCUACUCCACAACUGCUCCACCGAACUCCCGGACUCCAUCACCGCCCACGACUCCCUCUGGAUCAAGUUCCGGUCGGAUGAGACGGGCGUGGGGGCCAAGGGCUUCCUCGCCUCAUAUAGCCUGGUGCAUGCUGUGACCAACCUAAGGGACAGCGGAGAGGUCGUGUCCCCUAUGUACCCUCACGUGUACAGGGGCGAGGACAUUACCUGGCAGAUAAGGGUGCACUGGAGAAAGGUCGUCCGCAUUACCUUCUUAGAUAUGGACAUUGAAGGCAACCCCGUCGACGACACUUGCAUCUCCUCUGUGCAGGUUUUCUCAGGCUACUAUCUAAAUAUAGGUACUUUCUGUGGAUACGAGGUACCUCCAGACCCUAUCUACAGUAGAUGGAGUGUAGCGACGGUCAAGUUCCACACGGGACAUCAUAACGUGGGUGCCAGGUUCCGGUUCCGCUAUGAAGCCGUCGACCAAGGGGCUUAUCCUCCCUCAGCAAUGGUCAGGCAAGCCGACAGCAACUGUUCCUUCCUCGUGACGCUCAACGAAUCCUCUACAGUCAUAAAGAACCCAGGCCACCCAGGAUACGCUAACAACCUCAACUGCGAGUGGGUGCUGGAGGCUCCCGCACACUUCCGCAUUCAAAUCUGGAUGCGUUAUGAGCUGGAAGAGUCUCGAACUUGCCAUUACGAUCGCAUAGAUGUUUAUGAUGGCAUCGAAGGCCGUCAAACUUGGAAUAAAACACGGACACUCUGCCGUCGAUCUCAGUGGGCAGAGAAACAUUUCAAGUCGAGCGGCCGCUACUUGAAACUCACCUUCAAAACCGACCACUCCGUUACUGCAAGAGGCUUCGAGGCCCAUGUCAUGCCAAUCUGCGGUGGAUACAUGCAUGGUCCUGAAGGUGUCAUUGCGACACCUAACUACCCGGAGAACUACGGCGACGGUCUUCGCUGUACCUGGCACAUUCGAGUAGGCUUCGGGCGGACCAUUCGGCUCGAGUUUGAUGACUUCAAGGUGACCAACACGACGCCUGUGUGUGGAGGGGAUUAUCUAUUGAUCCGAAACGGAGACAGCGACUCAUCACCCUUCCUUGGCGCCGGGAAAUUCUGCGGCACUGCUACUCCUCAGGUCACGGAGUCAUCCUCGAACAUACUACUUCUAAAGUUCUUUUCGGACGUCACUGACGGGCCUAAAUCUGCAAUCAAUCCAUCUCUCGGCAGCUCACAGAACCUUCUUUUCCUCCUCCUUUCCACGCAGGGCUUUAAAUUACGAUACUACGAGGUAGCUGACGCGUGCGGAGGCAACCACAGGCUAACAGCUGACUUGAAUCGCCUCACAGUGAUGUCACCAAACUAUCCAAACUCACCUGAUCCUUAUACCGAGUGCGCCUGGGUAAUUCUUGCUCCGGCCGGGAAGGCUAUUUCGCUCCACUUCGAAGGGCAAUUUGAUAUCACUACGUUAGAAGACUGAGCGACCGUUUCUUCAACACAACCAUGAACGUAGCUUCAGUGAGGUUUACGUCACACCGGGGUUUCUCUUCCGGCCGGGGUUUCCGCCUGCGCUGGACUUCCGACGAAACCUCAAGGUGGGUGGACUGUGGUGGGCAGCUUGAGUACCCCUCUGGCGCACUGUCGUCGCCUACAGCAGAGGGAGGAUAUCCCCACGGCCUUUACUGCGUGUGGACCCUGGACAACCUCAAUUCCCUGAACUCCUCCUUCAGCGUCUCCAUCACCCAUCUUCACUUAGAGGAACGCUGCUACGACUUCAUCACGAUUGAAGGAGGUAAGAAAAUAUACAGGAAAUGA